AUGACUCAAUACAUCAAGACUGUUUCCAUUGAAUAUGGAGACCGGCGUCCGACUACAUUAGAUGACAUCAACAAAGGAAUGGGCGGCGAGUACUCGUACAUCGUAGAGGAAUACAACUACAGGCGCUCAGAGGCAGCAUCUGCAUUUGGUGUAGAGAUUACGAGGAUUAAUGACUUCCACGCUGCCGACAUAUCAAAAGGAGAUGGCAAGACGUUUUACAGGUAUCUCCACGCCUUCUACACAUAUGGCGGUCUCGGAGCUGUUGUCCGUGUCUGGCUCAGCAGAAUUGAAGACACGACCGAGGGCGAUGGGCGCACAGAUGAUUUAAAUCGCGGCAGAAAAGGUGACUAUCUUUACCUCUGCUGGGAAUAUGAAAAGAAUUACCACCCUUUCUUCACGACUGUCGGCUUCGAUGACCUGAUUCCAGGGUCCAAAGUCGAAGUAGACCUAGGUGACAUUGUCUUUUCACAGGACAGCGUCGGAAAGCUGAUUGGAGGUGCCUGGGAUGAGUAUGGUGUCUACAAUACCGUUCAAGAGUUGCUCCAAAUGAGCCUCGAGAAUCGGAAAGCCCACUUUCGCGAGCGGUUCGAUCAAAUGAGGGUAGUUCCUAUUCGGCGCCAUGGUGAUGCGUCUAUGGAUGUCACCAACCGACGUUUGGUCUCGCUCGAUAACCGCCAACUUCUCAUCAUGCGCGCCACGCUUUAUGCACAUGAGAAAGUCACUAUCCGUGUUGAAGACCCGGAAAAAGAAUUAGACAAGAAAUGGACUGCCAAAGACGAAGGAUUCACAAUCAAGGCUAGACGCAAAGGGGAGCCCAUCCCCCUAUCCCAUGACGAGCUUUCGAGUAUACCUGUACGUACCUCUUGUGCUUAUCAGUGGCGUCCCCCGAGACCAAGGAAUUUUAUCAGAGAAGAGAAGUAUGAACAAACGGAGAAUUCAUUAAAUACAGAGAAUGUAGAUGCGCCAGCCGGUCCCGCAGUUUGA